CACUUAACCUUCAGUUAGAUCUGUGUAGUGUUUGACUGCACUUCAGCAAGCAUCGCAUCUGUAAAAUUAUAUCCAUUUCAACCUAAGGCUUGUACUCUCAGCCACAAUGAAGGGUCUCCUUCUUUCUGUUGCUAUUUUUGCAACAAUUGCUCUAAGCCACGGCGCCGAAAAGCUUCACCCUCUGUCGGAUGAAUUCAUCGAUGCCAUUAACAACAAACAUACAACCUGGAAAGCUAGAAGAAACUUCGACGUGAAUACUCCGAUGUCUUCAAUCAGGCAACUGCUUGGUGUCCUUCCCAGGAAAGAAAAUGCUCCUAAAUUGCCUCUAAAAAUUCACCCAGAAGACGAUAUAGAGAUACCAAUUACAUUUGAUGCAAGAGAAGGUUGGCCAGAUUGUGAAGACAUAAUCGGAACAAUCAGGGAUCAAGCUUCUUGCGGUUCUUGUUGGGCCUUUGGAGCCGUCGAAGCUAUGAGCGACAGAAUCUGUAUUCAUUCCGACGCAAAAACUAAAGUACUAAUCUCAGCUGAAGAUCUGAACGAUUGCUGUACAGAUUGUGGAGAUGGUUGCAAUGGAGGUUGGCCGGAUGAAGCAUGGUUGUACUGGUCACAGAAGGGAAUUGUCACGGGUGGUCUUUAUGGCAGUAAAGAUGGUUGUAAAGCAUACUCUAUUACUCCCUGCGAACACCAUGUUGAUGGUGAUCUUCCGGCUUGCGGUGACAUUCAGUCAACUCCUACAUGCAAAAGCGCUUGCGACGAUGGAAUAGACCUAGUUUACGCAGACGAUAAAACAACUGGAAGUGCAUAUAGCAUCAUGCAAUCGGUAAAACAAAUUCAGAUUGAAAUUAUGACCAAUGGACCUGUUGAGGCAGAUUACGACGUUUAUGAAGAUUUUCCCAGUUACAGUUCUGGCGUAUACCAGCAUACCCAAGGCGACUACGAAGGUGGACAUGCUAUUAAAAUUAUAGGCUGGGGUGUCGAAGAUGGUGUAGACUAUUGGUUGGCUGCGAACUCCUGGAAUGAAGACUGGGGAGAUAGAGGCUAUUUCAAAAUUUUGCGGGGCGAAAAUGAAUGUGGAAUUGAAGCCGAUAUUAUAGGCGGAUUACCAAAUUUGUAGAGUAAUAACAACACUGUUAGUGCUGGUAAUUAAUAAAGUGUUAUUUGCAA